AUGCAAACCUGCGUGUCGUGUAGUGUGAAAAAUAAUGGCAUGAUAGCUAUUUUUCAGCAUCCGAAUGGGUUGGAUGAGAUGUUUCACACGGUGAUGGACAUAGAGGUACAACCUGAAGAUCACCUUUGCGUGCCGUGUUACGAUGAUAUGAAAAUAGCGUAUCGCUUUAAAACACGAUGUAAGCAGAACAUUGCAAUUCGCGCAACUAUUAAGGCGCAGAUGAUACAACCUCCACAAAUGUCCGAGCAGAGUGUAAAUAGUAGUAACGAUGUUUCCACAACGUGUAGCGAAUCAACUUCACAUGAAGAUAGAAAAGACACCCAGCGCAACAAGGAAAAAGCUAACACAACCGUUACACAGCCAGGAAAGACCGAUUCUGCUCGUAAUUUUAAAGAAGAAGAGAUUAUUGCAGAUAUGGACAACUUCCACCAAGAUGAUAUUGAGAUUAGCGAAGAAAUCACUGAACCAGAACAGGAUGAAAACGAAAGCUGUACGCUAGCGGUUGAUAUGGAUGAUGGAAGGAAAAGUGAUUCCGACUCGAGAGCUGUCGAUGUUGCUAGAGAUGCAAAGAGUAGUAAUGACAGCAAACAUCCGCAUGAUGAACAACCGACUACUUCAUUCGUUCAAGGUAGGGAGGAAACCAAAAGGGAAUCCUUACCAAGACUCCCAAAAGUACACAGCCUUAUGUGUGAAUAUUGCUUCAAAGAGUUCGAUAAUUUAGCGGACAAAAUCGAACACACUGGGACGCACCAAACGGAAUCGAAACCAUUCAAAUGUGUACACGAAGGGUGUGGCGGUGCGUUUAAAGAUCGGGUAGGAUUGCGGGCCCACGUACGGAUUCAUGCCACGGUAAAGCGAUACGGAUGCCGUUACUGUUCGAUGCGGUUCCACACGCACGGCAAUCGGAAUGCACACGAACGCACGCACAAUGGCGAAAAGCCAUUUGUUUGCAAACAAUGUGGUAAAGGAUUUGCGGAAGGUGGCAAUCUCAAGAAUCACAUACGGUUCCACAAUGGUGAGCGGCCAUAUCCGUGUGAGAUGUGUGGCAAAUCGUACCGGACACACUACUCCCGCUCGGUGCAUAUGCGCUCACACACAAACGAUCGACCAUUUAAGUGUGACGAAUGCGGGAAAGGGUUUUACUCAACCGGAAAGCUAACGAUCCACCGGCGGACGCAUACGGGCGAACGGCCUUAUGAAUGUGGAUCCUGUCAAGCAAAGUUUGCCGAUACAUGUGGACUUCGAAGACACAUGAUAAAACGGCACUAA